AUGCCGGACGCCACGACAAUUUAUGUCACGAGUACAGCAACCGGAGCCGAAUCUUCCAACACAGGAUCUGGUAUCUCUUUUACCUCAAGUAAUACAUCGAAGGCGGAGAUGAUCUUUAUCACUAGUAAAGCAACCAAAGCCGAAUCUUCCAGCAUCGACUCUACUUCCUUGACUACCUCAAGUGGUACUUCCAAUAGACCGGCCUCAUAUACAUCUGGGAAAGAGCUUUCCACAGGCGUCAAAGCUGGGAUUGGAGUUGGAGUCUCACUGAGUGCCCUUUUGCUUGUUCUUGUGGCUUUCUUCUUCCAUAUGCGCAGGCGGAAGCGGCGAGGAUUCACAAAAGGGGACCUCGGUAAUAACGUCCCAGUGUUACCGGAGCUCGGAAUGGAUGGUCAGAAGCAUGAAUUAUCUGCUGAGGAGUCAAGAAGAGUUGAACUUCCUGCCGAUGAACAAAAAAACUCCAAUUUGCAUGAGUUAGAGUGA